AGCUCAUGCCUUGGGAUGGGUUGGGUUUUGCAGCGUAUUCUUAAUUAUAUUACAAAGAAGGGCCCAUUCCAUAAGCCAGAUCUAUCUACCCUCUGCGCAUCCUUUGUCUCUUUCCAGCACCGACUUCCCUGACAGUAGAUCACUACACUCCACGCUACAGGGAUAAAGGCUCCCAGCCAUAACUAAAGCUGUUUAAAAAGAAGUGAAGAACCAAAGCUCCAAGAAGCCAGAAAAAGGGAGGGAUAUAAUAACGCUUCUCUUUUCUUAUUUUUUUGUUCAGUAUAUUUCCACUUGCACCUCAGAGUUGAGAGUCGCAUUCUUUCCAUUUUUCAGUUCAGAAAUACUACACUACUCUUCAGGAUUUUUUGGAAGAAGAAGAUGAAAAUGACACAAACGGGGAGUUGCAAGAGCAUGUGUUGGCUCCUGCUGGAAUUCUUACUGGUGGCCUGCAUCAGUGGGGAAGACCCUUAUAGGUUUUAUACAUGGAAUGUUACUUACGGUGACAUAUACCCGCUGGGGGUUAAGCAACAGGGGAUAUUGAUAAAUGGACAGUUUCCCGGGCCUCAGAUUGAGUCGGUAACCAAUGAUAACUUGAUUAUCAGUGUUUUCAACAGCUUGGACGAACCUUUUCUCCUCUCUUGGAAUGGGAUACAGCAGAGAAGGAACUCAUGGCAGGAUGGAGUCUAUGGAACUAACUGUCCAAUCCCACCAGGGAAGAAUUUCACUUACGUUCUCCAAGUCAAGGAUCAAAUUGGUAGCUACUUCUACUUUCCUUCUCUUGCCUUUCACAAGGCUGCAGGAGGUUACGGUGGCAUCAAAAUUGCUAGCCGCUCAGUAAUUCCUGUCCCAUUCCCUCCUCCUGCUGGAGAUUACACCAUAUUGGCCGGUGAUUGGUUCAAGCAAAAUCACACUGAUUUGAAGGCAAUUUUAGACAAUGGACAUGAUCUUCCCUUCCCAGAUGGGCUUCUUAUCAAUGGUCGUGGAUCAAACGGGUAUACAUUCACAGUUGAUCAAGGUAAGACUUGCAGGUUUCGGAUAUCAAAUGUUGGCCUUACAACAUCAAUCAAUUUCAGAAUCCAAGGACACAAGAUGCUGUUGGUGGAGGUGGAGGGAACUCACACCCUUCAGAACACCUACUCUUCUCUUGACAUUCAUCUGGGGCAGUCUUACUCUGUUUUGGUCACAGCUGACCAACCCCCUGAAGAUUACUAUAUUGUCAUUUCUACGCGUUUCACGUCCCAAGUCCUCACGACAACCUCCAUUCUGCAUUACAGUAACUCUGCAGGAAAAGUGUCUGGUCCUCCCCCUGGUGGGCCAACAAUUGAGAUUGACUGGUCUGUGGAACAGGCCCGAUCAAUCAGGCGGAAUCAGACAGCAAGUGGACCAAGACCUAAUCCCCAAGGCUCCUACCAUUAUGGAAUGAUUAACACAACUCGCACAAUUAGGCUUGCAAACAGUGCUCCAGUGAUCAACGAGAAGCAGAGGUAUGCUGUUAAUAGUGUGUCCUUCAUCCCAGCUGACACACCGCUUAAACUUGCUGACAACUUCAAGAUCCCGGGAGUUUUCUCCCUCGGAAGCAUCCCAGACAGCCCCACUGGUGGCGGCACAUACCUCCAGACGUCUGUCAUGUCUGCUGAUUUCCGAGCUUAUGUUGAGAUUGUGUUUGAGAACUCAGAAAGCACGGUGCAGUCAUGGCACAUUGAUGGUCAUAACUUCUUUGUUGUUGGGAUGGAUGGAGGGCAGUGGACUUCUGCCAGCAGACUAAAUUACAACCUAAGGGACACAGUAUCACGCUGCACGGUUCAGGUGUAUCCCAACUCAUGGACUGCAAUUUACAUGCCUCUUGACAAUGUGGGAAUGUGGAAUGUAAGGUCUGAGAACUGGGCGCGCCAAUACCUGGGUCAGCAGUUCUAUCUUCGUGUGUAUUCCCCUGCCAAUUCAUGGAGAGACGAAUUUCCCAUCCCAAAGAAUGCUCUUCUUUGUGGUCGUGCAUUGGGCCAUACAACUCGGCUCCUAUAAUUCUGUAAACCAAUAUGACUGAGUGAUGGUCACGAAGGGGUGGCUGGUUUUUUUCUACCGAAAUAGGAUAAGGGUGUUUUUCUUUAAAUAUAUUAUUACGUAUUUACACAAUUACAUGCAAGAAUUGUUGCAUGAUUUGUUACGUUGUUAGCUUGUAGAAUCAAGUUUUUUUUAUGGAACCUAGUCUUUUUCCUUCUUCA